AUGCCUAAGGGUAACGACGGAGGACGUAAGGCGAAGCGGGCCGGCACCAGGCCGACGAUCAUAGCCCCGCGGGGAACCAUCCGACCGCACAAGGGCUUCGACGAAGAGGCGGCGCUCGCGCAGGCGAAAAUCCUGCGCACGGCGCUGCAGAAGCCCACCAACACCAACGCCAUCAUCGGCGUGCUGACGAAGCACACGCUGGAGGAGCGCAAGUACGUGGAGGACGUGUACAACGCGCAGCACAGCCCGCCGCUGCAGGAGGCGCUGCGGCACGAGUUCUGCGGCCAUCUGCGCGAGACGCUGCUAGCUCUGCUGCAGUGGCCGAACCAGUACCUGGCCGGCUGGACGCAACGCGCGAUGCGCGGGGCCUCCACCGACCAGAAGACGCUGUUCGAGGUGCUGUGCGGCCGUGAGCCGGCCGACCUUCAGGACUGCGGCGCCGACCGGCCGGCCUACUUCGCCGAGCGGCUGUACCGAGCGAUGCGCGGACUCGGCACCGACGAAGGCACCCUGAUCCGCAUUCUCGUCACGCGCUCUGAGGCCGACCUGGAGAACAUCAAGGAGGCGUACCAGCGACGCUACGGCAAGAGCUUGGCCGAUGCCGUUGAGGACGACACGUCCGGCUACUUCUGGCGCUGCCUUAAGGCCAUCAUCAAGCCCUAG